GGGAGAUUUCCCUGUGCCAGGUGAGCAGCCAGUGUGGGAUGUGGUGUGACUGAUGGUUGAGCCUGCCUUCUCUGGGCCAAGCUGAUGUUGCUAUAACCACAGACUGAAUCUGCCUAUUUGCCUUCAGAGAACACUCCAAAAAGUAGUUCUAGUAGGUUUUCUGAUGGUGAGUUGAGGGAUGAGAGAGGUUUGUUGCAGGGGUUGAGCAGCAACAGCUCCUGGAGUUGCUCCCAUUGAAUCUUCCUGUACAUCCCUAGUGGGGGGCAGAGAUGGGGUGUCACCCAUCAUGCCAGGAGCCCCAGUAGCACAGUUGAAGGUGAUUAUGUGUGGCCCCAUGUCCAGGCUGUGUGUAGGUCAGCAAAGGCAAUGUGCUCAGCUCAUGCUUCAGAGGGGCAAGUCAUCCCUGUGCCAAAGCCAGGGAGAGAAGGGUGAUUUUUUUUUUUUUUUAAGUCCUUUGGAGUUUUGAUCUCCAUAUUUGGAAAUGUUUACCCAUUGCUCUGAUCUAUUGCAAGGGAGGGGAGGUGACUCAGGGCUCAGGGUCUGGUGGAAGCAGGAUUUGAAUUCCUGUAGUAAGGUUUUUUUUUUUUUAUCCCCCCUCCUUUCUUGUUUUGGAAGCUUGUUGUGGUCAGUUUUCAGUUCUCUCUCGCUCCUGGACCUUGUUCCAAAUUUGAUGUGCUCGAGAGGGAAGCAUGUUAGCAAAGGAGCUUGCCUGAAUGCUGAGUACUUUGUGUGUGUCUGAAUGCAUCAGCCUUUGGAAGUGAGCAUCUUCCCCUGAAACAGCCUCGUGAUAUCCAAGUUCCUGCUCUUCUGGGAGAUCCCUUGGAAGAGCCUGUCUGUACAUCUGACUUGGGUGCCUGACAGGGCUGCCUUGCUUCCAGAGCUGAACCAUGUCCCACCCGUCCUGGCUGCCACCCAAGAGCACCAACGAGCCUGUUGGUCACGUUACUGCAAGGAUGGAGACCACACACACCUUUGGGACUCCCAGCAUCUCUGUGUCCACCCAGCAGACCCCAAAGAAGUUUGCACCUGUGGUCGCCCCCAAACCAAAGUACAACCCAUACAAGCAACCAGGAGGUGAUGGGGACUUUCUUCCGCCCCCACCCCCUCCUGUGGAUGACCUUGGGAACAUCACAUCGUCACAAGGUGCCUUUCCUCCCCCACCCCCUCUGGAUGACAUUUCUUACAAUGUACAGGUGAAUCCUGGUGGCAAGACACUUGAGGAGAGGCGGUCCAGUUUAGAUGCAGAAAUUGACUCUCUGACCAGCAUCCUGGCUGACCUAGAGAGCAGCUCUCCAUACAAACCUCGGACUCAACAGGCCCCGGGGACCUCAAGCAGCUCUGCUGCCACCACCCCAUCCGUGUCCACUCCUGUCACUGGCCACAAGCGGAUGAUCAUCCCCAACCAGCCUCCCCUCACCGCCACCAAGAAGUCCACUGCCAAGGGCCCGGGGCAGCCAGCGCCCAUCCCGGUCACUCCCGUUGGCACCCUGAAGCCGCAGCCGGUGCCGGCCUCCUACGCCACGGCCUCCACGCCGAGCCGCCCGGCCUUCAACGUGCAGGUGAGGACGGCGCAGCCCAGCCCUCACUACCAGCCACCCAGCCCGCAGCCCGGGCACUAUGGCGGCCUGGGGCCCGGCCAGCCCUACGGCACCUCGCCGUCCCGCCAGCCCGCCGGCCCUCAGUACGGAGCGCCGCAGCCCCACGGGCCCGGCUACGGCUAUGCCCCUCCGCCCGGCCGAACCGCCGAGCCCGCCUACGGCUACGCGCCGCCGCAGGGCCGCUACCAGGAGCCCUACUACGGGGGCUACGGCGGCAGGAACGGCUCCGAAGCGCCCUACGGGCCGCAGGGCUCCUGGAAGGCCGAGCCGGCCUAUCCUGCGAGUAAUGCCAUGGGCCAGGCUCCCCCUGGGCUCUACCAGCCGGCGGGCACGAAGAAGACCUACAUUACUGACCCCGUGCUGGCCCCGCAGCCGCCCGCCCUGCAGCAGAAGAGUGGGUAUCCAAGCCCUGGACCUGCAUCAAGCACUCCUGCCUUCAGGCCUGAGGAUGAGCUGGAACAUCUGACCAAGAAAAUGCUGUAUGACAUGGAGAAUCCUCCCUCUGAUGACUACUUUGGACGCUGUGCCCGCUGUGGGGAGAAUGUUGUUGGAGAAGGCACCGGUUGCACAGCCAUGGACCAAGUCUUCCACGUGGAGUGUUUCACCUGCAUAACGUGCAACAAGAAGCUGAGGGGACAGCCCUUCUACGCUGUGGAGAAGAAAGCCUACUGUGAACCCUGCUACAUUAAUACACUGGAGCAGUGCAGUGUCUGUGCAAAGCCCAUCAUGGAAAGGAUCCUCCGAGCCACUGGGAAGGCCUACCAUCCCCACUGCUUCACCUGUGUCAUGUGCCAUCGCAGCCUGGAUGGGAUCCCCUUCACUGUGGAUGCUGGUGGCAACAUCCACUGCAUCGAGGAUUUCCAUAAGAAAUUUGCCCCGAGGUGUUCUGUGUGUAAGGAGCCCAUCAUGCCAGCCCCAGGACAAGAGGAGACCGUGCGCAUUGUUGCCCUGGAUCGUGACUUCCAUGUGCAGUGCUACCGGUGCGAGGACUGUGGUGGCCUGCUGUCUGAAGGAGACAAUCAGGGCUGUUACCCUCUGGAUGGGCACAUCCUUUGCAAGACCUGCAACUCUGCUCGGAUCCAGGCUCUGACUGCCAAGGCCAGCACUGACCUCUGAGUAUCAACUGUGACACUCCCCAGGAUGCCCACAGGGGGAUAUUGCACAAGCUUUGCAUGAUUUCUUUCCAGCCUAGGGUCUGAAUCUCUGUUUUUGAAAGAAAAGGAAAAAAAAAAAAAAAACAUAAAACUGGAAGGCCUUGGAACAAGAGGGCAGUUUGAGAGGCCAUGUUCAGACUGCCCAUGACAGGCACCUAAUUUAGACACAGCUGUUCAGGAGGACAGUGAGUGAGCCAGAGCAGCUGCUCUAUCUGCAGCUGAUGGAGUUAAGGGUCACAGCACCUAAGUUAUCUGCCUGUAGAAGGAGGUCUGAACAUGGUCCUUACUACACUUCUGUGUUUGAUUCCUGUUUCUUUAGUACGUGAAGGUAGAGGGUGAAAGAUGGCUGAGAUAGUUAUUUCUCCCAAGUUAUUUUGAGAACCUGACCAGCUCUCAUUGAAGUGAUGGGAUGUCAGUGUCUGCUGGUGACUUAAAUAAGGUCUGUGUCACCAGUAUAAGUAGCUCCACUGUCCUAGAAGGUGUGAGAGCAGAUCAGCAUUAACACAAACAGUGCAACUGCAACUGUACUGCACCUGAGUGUAGGUGUGGUCUUGUAUCCUUGGACACAGAUUGGUUAUUUCUUAGGCCCCUCCUUGUCUCCACUCCCUUCCAGUUCAAUAGGGUUUUUCUCUUACUCAUGAAAAUCUACUUAGCUAUUGCAUAAAUUUAUUCCGUAGUGAUUCUUCCAAUUCACAACGUAUGAGUAAUCACAGAAAGAUGUGAGCUUGCACACACUGUACACUACAUACACACUACACACACACAGAGCAUGCUUAUGAUUUACCAGAGGCAUAAGCCAGUCACAUCUGUUGAGAAGGUCUUUAAAGGAUGUGGGGCUGGAAACACAUUUCUUAAAUCCCAGUGGUUAAAAAAAAAAGAUAAAAAUGACUACAUAGAACUGCAGUGCAAAGUGAUGCUCAAAAAAAUCUUACACCACUCUCUCAUACAGCCCAUUCUGGUGGGACCACUGGCAGUGUUGGUCUCUGGGUAGACAUUCAAGCAAUAAAGUCUUGUUCUAUCUCCUGUUAUUGCAGUAGGAGGAUUUUCCUUCAACAGUAUCAGGGAUUGAAUCAGGCUUUGGGAUGAUACACAUUUCUCUGAUGUUAACACAUGUGAUCU